AUGACACGGCAGGAUCGACUACAAAACCGCUAUUCGGUCAACGUUGUGGACCACAAUUCCAACUACUGCCGCAUCUUCCUCGAGCGGACGAAGGACGCGGCGGCAAAGCAAUCUAAGGCCUUCCCCGUGCACUUCGAGAAGCGCUUCGGCUUCCGCAUUCACGUGCUGUGCACUGACGGCGGCGGCGAGCACGCUAAUAUCGAAUUGUUUUACAAGCGCAGGGACGUCGCCAAUCAGAUUUCGGAAGCCCGCAACCAGGCGUCGAACGGCAAGGCCAAACCUAUGUAUAGGACAAUCCUUAACCUCUCCAUUGCGAGCGAACGACAAGCGAGCGUCGUUGCUCGAAGUACUCACCGGCGUGGCACCGGAUCUGCGUGA